UUGUUGAUGAACGUGGUAUGUACACAUACCGGGACCGUAUUCGACGCAUGUGCGAACAGAAUAAAUCUUCAUUUGUUGUAUCCUACACGGAUUUGGCAAAUAAAGAGCAUGUACUUGCGUACUUCCUACCUGAAGCACCUUUUCAAAUGCUAGAAAUCUUCGACAAGGUGGCUAAAGACAUGGUCUUAUCAAUAUUUCCAACAUAUGAACGUGUUACAACAGAAAUUCAUGUUCGUAUAUCAGAAUUGCCUCUUAUAGAAGAGUUACGGACUUUCCGGAAACUCCAUCUGAACCAGCUGGUGCGUACUUUGGGCGUGGUAACAGCUACAACGGGUGUGUUACCUCAACUUUCAGUCAUCAAAUACGAUUGUGUGAAGUGUGGCUACGUUUUGGGGCCCUUUGUACAGUCACAGAAUACAGAAGUUAAACCUGGCUCCUGUCCUGAGUGUCAAAGUGCCGGCCCUUUUUCGGCAAACGGUGCUAAAAUUUAGUAUUCGUACCUUAAA